CUCAAUCAAAUCUUCUCUUCUCUGCGGUCGUCUAAGUCGCCUUGUCUCCAGAUAGAACAAAAGAUUGGAUAUUUCAGACACAAUCGAUCACCAAAUAAACUAUUCGCCGCUCUGUUCUCAAUCAGCCGUAAAAAAUGGCAGCUGAUCAGAGGAGAAAGCGGAUGAACAGUGCCAAUGUAAUUGGUUUCAGUUCUCGGGAGCAUUACAGAGCAAAAAGGAAAAAGAUUGGUUCACCAGAUGGUGCUUUGCGUUCUGGUGAUCACAUCAGUCUUGAAUGGGACCGCAACCGAAGUAAAGUAGUCUCUAAGAGGGAACAAGUUGGCCUUAGUUGGAGGCAUCUUCGUGAAUUUGUCGAUGUUGUUCCUCCUAGGCGGAAUGUCUUGGCACAAGUAUGCCCUGUCCCGCAUGAAACCUUCCAGUUGGAAAAUCUGUCGGAGGUGCUUUCUAAUGAGGUUUGGCGUUCUUGUCUAUCUGAUGGUGAAAGAAAUUAUCUGCGGCAAUUUCUCCCUGAGGGAGUUGAUGUGGAGCAAGUUGUACAAGCAUUGCUUGAUGGGGAGAAUUUUCAUUUUGGAAAUCCUUCUCUUGAUUGGGGAACAGCUGUCUGCUCCAGCGAAGCUCAUCCAGAUCAAAUCGUUUCUCGGGAGGAACGCCUGAGGGCUGAUAAAAGGAGAUACUACUCGGAUUUAGAGAAAUACCAUCACGAUAUUAUAGAUUAUUUGCAGACAUUGAAGGAGAAAUGGGAAAGCUGCAAAGAUCCAGAGAAGGAUAUUGUCAAAAUGAUGUGGGGGAGAUCAAGAGGGGGCAAUGCACAAGUAAACGGUAGCUGCCAGGAUCUAACAGCUGCCUCGGGGUCGAGUUCCUGGAAUGCAGAUGAUAAACCAGACAGUAGUGAUAAUAAGAUUUCUUCUGUUGUAAGGAGUGGAGAGGUUCAGAGAAGGCCCAAGAGCUCUGGUUUUGAGAAAGAAAAAUCUCAAACUAAUGGUGUAAACGUGGGCGGAAAAGUUAGAAAGAAGGAUGUGUUGCCGAAAGAUAGCAUUCAGCAAACUGAUGGUGCUAAAUACAUGUCCUAUCUUAAGAUAAGCAAGAAGCAGCAUCAAAUUGUCACAAGCAUGAAGCAGUCUGGUAAAAGCAUUCAGUCGAGGGCACUUAAUCGAAUCUUGGGUAACAUCGAUAGUUUAGAUGUUCAGCCAUAUGGAGUGUUCGUGGAAGAAGAACAGAAGAAACUGAACGCUCACUGGCUGCAUCUUGUCAAAGAUCUUCCUGCAGCAUAUGCAAUAUGGAAAAAGCUACAGUUACAGAAACGAGAUAUAAUCAGCUCUAUGGGAAGAGAACUGAAGGACAAACGCAAUCCGUGGAUGGAGGAUAAACAACAACAGUAUGCUGCAGAAAGCCCCCUGCAGAAGCAUGAUGUUCAAUACAAUAAUCGAGAAAGUUUGAAUCCUAAUCAGAGUGGUGAUAUGGCACAAGAUGAUGAAGAUUCUGGAAUUUUCAGUCAAAUUUCUGGCAAAAAUCACUCCCCUGCAAAGGAUUCUUCGUCUUAUGGUGACCAAAUCACAGAUUCAGGUCGCUGCUUGCUAGUUGGCACACACUCCUCACAGGUUUCAUCAUCAGAUUGUGGCAAUAACAUCAAUCAGGAGGAUAGAGAAGAGAAACAAUAUUCGUCUCCUUGUUCUCCCAGCAGGUGUCAUGGCCUGAACCGAACAGAUGUUGAGGUAAAUGAUUAUUCCAGCUCUAUUCAAGGUCAGUCUCUCCCACAGGCUUCAUUUCCUAAUGAGCCCCACGCUUCAAAUCUCGAAGAUGCAGAUCAUAUAGGCAAGCACUGUGCACCAGAACUAGAAAAUGCUUCGUUAGACGAGAGGAUUCCUUUUAUUGCUGCAAGCCAUGGAGAAGGGUCGCAGUUUUGUUCUGGUGGAGAUGUGUGGCAGCCAGUGGGAGGGAUUAGGCAAUCCUACAUUAGCCGUCAAGCUUACACCCCCAGUGGUGGAUUGUCAAUCAUACACCAUGCUGAAGGUGAUGAAGUAGGUAAAAACUGUUUCAUAGACCUGGAAUCGAACAUGCCUGGAGAAGUUGAUAGGAGGAAGAUGUCACAGCGAAAAGCAAACAACAGUUUUGGUUCUAUCCCUAACAACGAUCAAAAUGAACUACUACAGUCUUUGUUUAAUGGCCAUGGCGUGGCAUCUCGCACCACUGAGCAGCUUCAUUCUCUUCUCAAAGUCCCGCUUACCGAGGAGCAUAAACAAAUUAUGGGCAUUGGUUUUCAGCAGGAAGGAAGCAACAAUCUGAUGGUGGGCAAUCAAUUUUCUGGUCAGUUCCAGGAUCAGAUUCCUGUAUCUCAUGCACUGCCCCAGGACCAGCAGAGACAGGUUGACGCUUUUGGCCAAGGAAGCAUGUCAGACAACAUUUACUGCAAUGGACGUGGAUUCUUGAUGCAGCGGCCAGACUGGAACCCCAAUUGUACUCAGGUAGGAGUUACCACACAGCCCCUGUUGAGCACCGGGCCUUUGUUAAAUCAGAAUUGGCAGUUUAGGAGCAUGUGGGCAAACACAAACGGUGUCGGAUGUACAAGCCAAGGCAGUCAAACCGGGACCGAGAGAGAUCCGAGCCUUCUCAGAGUUGCUAAUAACGUGGAGCAGAUAAUGCAUAGGGGAAGUAGUUCAGAUCAAAGCUUAUUCUCUGUUCUCUCCCAAUGCAGUCAAUUGCGCCGUUCCAGAUCUGAUUUCGAGCCAGAAAGUUCGAGUCAUCAAAUGGUUGCAUCUGGUAACUACGGAAUGCUGAUGGGGGGAGGUAUAACUCAGGUAAGCAGCAAUUUGGUUCAGCCUGCGAACCCGCUUGAUUACUUGAGCGGUAGCAACCCUACAACAUCCUUGAUGCCAGACGAUGUAGCGUGGAUGAACCAGAGCCGUCAGAACUCUGGUCUCCAUGACCCACUAGGCAAGCUGUAUCCAAGGUCAUGGAAUCCGUAACCAUGUUUCUGAAGUUUUGUGUUGCAAAAGCAUCUGGUCAUCUUUAAGAUAUACAAAACCCAACAUGGGUUUCUUAGUUUUCAUUUCUGUGCCUGUACAUAGAAAGAUACAGAGGAACUUUGGUUUGUACAUAUUUAGGUUUUGAGAUAUGGAUUAGGAAGAAAGUGAGGAUACUCCA